UCUGCGCCAAGCGUUGCGUUCACCAUUUCAGCCUGACAGGAUCCAAGAUGGGUCCGAGCUUGGACUUUUCGACAUGGACUUGGACCCUCCUGGUGGUCCUAGUCACGCUCUUCGUAGUUUACAUCUACUGGCCCUACAAGACCUUCUACACAUUAGGCGUCCCGGGUCCCAAACCCAUUCCCUUCUUUGGGACCAUGCUGGCCUACAGAAAGGGCAUCGUCGACUUUGACGUGGCAUGUGCCAAGAAAUACGGCAAGACUUGGGGCAUCUAUGAUGGCCGACAACCUAUUCUCAUCAUAACUGAUCGAGACAUGAUAAAGACUGUUAUGAUAAAGGAGUGUUAUUCUCUCUUCACCAACCGCAGAAACGUGGGCCUAUUGGGGCCCCUGUAUGAUGCUGUGUCCAUGGCUGAGGACCACACCUGGAGGAGGAUCCGCGCCAUCCUUUCGCCUUCCUUCACCUCGGGGCGACUCAAAGAGAUGUUUCCCAUCAUCCAACGCCACUCGGCCAACCUGGUCAGCAGCAUGAAGAAGAAGGCGGACAUGAACGAGGCCUUGGACCUGAAGGAGUUCUUUGGGCCCUACAGCAUGGACGUGGUGACCAGCACCUCCUUCAGCGUGGACAUCGACUCGCUCAGCAACCCCUCAGACCCCUUUGUCACCAACAUCAAGAAGAUGGUCAAGUUCGACAUAUUAAAUCCUCUCUUCCUGGCCUUAGCUUUCUUCCCCUUCCUGGGUCCCAUCUUCGAGAAGUUGGAGUUGUCCUUCUUCCCGGCGUCCGUCACAGACUUCUUCUACGCGGCGCUGCAGAAGAUCAAAGUUUCCCGCGAGAACAGCAAGCAAAGCAGUCGCGUGGACUUCCUGCAGCUGAUGAUGGACUCCCAGAGGAGCGCGGGCGGAGACAAAGAUAAAGGUCUGAGCGACCACGAGAUCCUCUCCCAGGCCAUGAUCUUCAUCUUCGCCGGCUACGAGACCAGCAGCAGCACUCUGGGCUUCCUGGCGUACAACUUGGCCACCAACCCGCACGUCAUGAAGCGUCUGCAGGAGGAGGUGGACGCCACCUUCCCUAAGCAGGGUCCGGUCCAGUACCAGGAGCUGAUGCAGAUGGACUACCUGGACAGCGUCAUUAACGAGUCCCUUCGCCUGUACCCGAUCGUGCCGCGCCUGGACCGCGUCGCCAAGGCAACCAUGGAGAUAAACGGCCAGGUCAUCCACAAAGGCAUGGUCGUCAUGGUGCCCAUCUGGUGCCUGCAUCGAGACCCCGAGUACUGGCCCCAACCGGAGGAGUUCAAACCGGAGAGGUUCAGUCGGGAAAACAAGGCGUCCAUCGACCCGUACACCUACAUGCCUUUCGGCAUGGGCCCUCGCAACUGCAUCGGGAUGCGCUUUGCUCUGCUGACCAUGAAGCUGGCCCUAGUGGAGAUCCUGCAGAGGUACAACUUCUGCGUGUGUGAGGAGACGCAGGUCCCCAUAGAGAUGGACCUCUCGGGCCUUUUGGCGCCAAAGCUGCCGCUCAUGCUGAAGCUGGAGCCGCGCUCGUAACACGCAAGCCAAAGAACAAGCUAAAGGAGCCGUAAAUCACUGCGCACUUUUAUAAUGAAUACAGAGCAAUACAUAGAUAACCUCCUUAAAGGUAUAGUGCAACUAUUUGGCUUUUUUUUCUUCAUGUUGCUUUCAAAUAAUGCGGGAAAACACAACAUUUUCACGGCAACAACUAUAAAAUACAAUGUAGGGAUUACUUUAUAAUUCCAGCCACUAGAUGGCAGUGUUCUUCUCUUUCUUCCCUUUACUUUCACUAUACAUGAUCAGCAGCUUUUACACUAGAAGGCUCAAAUGUGAUGUCAAUCAUUGUUCGCUUAAUAAAGCUUUUAUGAUGGCCA